AUGCAUCCUUUCAGUAUCGAGUACCUGACCUCACCUGCCGUCGGGAAGAAGACAGACCGGCCAUGGUCCCCAGCAUCUCUUGAUAGCGACACUCCAAGGACACCAUCCCCAGCCAGCAGCGUCUCUUCACACAGCAAGUCUCCAUCCUCCUCGCAUCUGGGUCAGGAAUUAGAUCCCUCGGUGGCCAAGGCUCUGAUCCUACUGGAAAGGCAUGCAUCAUCCACUGGAGGAGCGAAAAGGACGUCUGAGAAGCCAGAACAUUCUUACAUAGCCAUGAUCUCCAUGGCCAUACUCCACGCACCAGUCAAAAAGAUGCUACUCUCGGAUAUUUACCAGUACAUCAUGGAUUGCUUUCCUUACUACAACAAUCAGAACAAGGCAUGGAGAAACAGCGUCCGGCACAAUCUCUCCCUGAACGAGUGUUUCAUCAAAUGCGGCAGAGCUGACAAUGGCAAAGGCAACUUUUGGGCAAUUCAUCCUGCGUGUGUCGAGGAUUUCGCUCGUGGUGACUUCAGGCGGAGACAAGCAAGGCGACGGGCCAGGCAGUGUAACAAUCGAGUUGACGAUGGACGGCUUUCUGGAAUGACUGGUAACGUCAAGUACAGCUGCUACGUGCCUGUGGAUUCUCAUACAUCUUUUGCUGGAUAUCAUCCUUAUUCGACCCCAUCUUACGCUCAACAGCCACCGUACCCCGUUACAUCACAGAUGACGCCAAUGCCAAUGGGUUACACCGGAUAUACGCAACGAAUGAUGACAUCACCAGCAAUGUUGCCAUCUCCGGCAAUGACGUAUGACGGGUCAGCUUAUACGUCACUUCCGUCUCCGAUGUCUUACGUUUCUAAAGCAUCGGGAAAUAUGUCACUACCGGCUUGGUAA